AUGAGCUUAUCUCAUAUUUUUGGAUAUAUAAAAAGCUUAGAAUCAAAAAAUUCCUUACAAAUAGCUAUAGCCUAUAUUUUGAUUGCUUACUUUUUUCAUGCUGUUUAAAUAACAUUUUACAAAUCAGGACAUUUUAAUAUAGUACCAUAAAGUUUAUUUUUGAGAUCCUUUAUUUCAAUAAUCUUUUUAUUUUUAUUCUAAUGGAAAGAAAACUUUUAUCCAAAGAAUAGAACUAAAUAUUUAUUACAAUCAUAAACGUUAGGUGCCUUAGGAUCUUUAUUUUAUUUUUAUGGAAUUAAUUUUAUUUCCCUUUCAGAGGGAGCUAUUUUAUUUGCCACAAAUUCAAUUUGGAGUUAAUUAAUGGUGAGUUUCAUGAAUGGAGAAAGAAUCACAAAAUCUCGAUUUUUGAAUUCUAUUAUAUGUAUAAUUGGCAUAGUGUUAGUUGUCAACCCGACAAUCACAGUAGAAGACCCUUUUAUGCAUAUAAUUGGUUGUUCCUGUAUCUUGAUUUGUAGUGUGAUUUAAUCACUCGGAUUUAUUAUAAUGAAAAAGAUUGGUACUGAAGUUCCAUCUACAAUUACUACAUCAUAUUUUCAUAUAAUGGUCAUUAUUACUUCAAGUUUACAAUAAUAAUACAUAGGUAGAUUUGAGUAUUUUAAUGGUUAUUUUUAUUACAUAGCAGGAUUUGCUGUUUUUACUAUGUUGGGUUAAUUAAUUUAAUUUAGAGCAUAAACAUUAGUGACAUAUGAUAAAUUAUGUAAUUAUACUUACUCAUAAACAUUGUAUAUUAUUAUAAUAGACUAUGUCAUUUUCAAUAAAAUACUUAGUUUGAAUGGGAUUAUAGGUGGAAGUUUGAUUUUAUUUGGUGUUUUCAAAUAAUUAGCAGAAGAUAAGAAAUCAAGAAAUUGA